GUGAAGUGUCAAACUCGACAAACUUGUCAAGUUGUCAGGUCGUGCUUCAACGGCAGCGGCAGCAGGUCUGCUUCGGCAUUUUACUGCCACUCUCCGCAGGUCUUAUCCAAUAUAAACAAGCAAGUAACGUAGGCGGUGCUACACCCGGUGAUAAUUAACAACAACCUGCGUGCAACCGCCAGUUCAACGAGACAUCGGCGUCGAUCAACAAUAGAGUGCCACAACCACAAAAUCCACGUUUGGUGCCCACGAUGGAGCGUUUCAAGUACCUAUGCAAUGUGAGGUUCACAUUUCUAGGCGCAUUUCUAGUAUCUCAUGUAUUGUACAAUCCGACGAACAGCGGUGCGGUGUCGUUAACGCAGCAGUCGAUCGACAUGACGCUUGCGUCCAACGAGCUAGUCUUCAUUAACUUCUAUGCAGACUGGUGUAGAUUUAGUAAUUUAUUAAUGCCAAUCUUUGAUGAAGCGGCCGAGAACGUUACCAAAGAGUUUCCGGACGCCGGCAGGGUUGUGAUGGCUAAGGUUGAUUGUGAUAAGGAGACAUCAAUUGCCACCAGAUUUCAUAUAACUAAGUAUCCUACAUUGAAAGUUAUCAGGAAUGGGCAGCCAGCGAAGCGGGAGUAUCGCGGUCAGCGGUCUGUGGAAGCCUUCUCCACCUUCAUCAAACAACAAUUGGAAGAUCCCAUCAAAGAAUUCCAUUCACUGAAUGAGUUGACUGAAUUAGAGUCAAACAAAAGGCUUAUUAUUGGCUAUUUUGAUAGGAGAGAUCAAACAGAAUAUAACAUGUUUAGGCGAGUAGCAACGAAUUUGAAAGAUGAUUGUUCGUUCCACGUUGGGUUUGGGGCUGUUUCCCAGUCGAUGCAUCCGCCAGGUCAACCAAUUGUUGUGUUUAGACCCGAUAAAGAACGAUCCAAUGAACAUGAUGAGACUUACACGGGUAAUAUGAACAAUUUCGAUGAGAUGCACGUGUGGAUCGCGAGUAAAUGCGUGCCACUGGUGAGAGAGAUCACUUUUGAGAACGCCGAGGAACUCACCGAAGAAGGUCUGCCCUUCCUCAUCUUAUUCCAUCAUCCUGAUGAUACGGAAAGCAUCCGCAAGUAUAACGAUAUUGUUCAACGUGACUUAAUAUCCGAAAAACAAAAUAUCAAUUUCUUAACUGCUGAUGGUAAAAAAUUCGCGCAUCCACUACACCACCUCGGCAAAAGCGAAAGCGACCUGCCCCUGAUUGCGAUCGACAGUUUCCGCCAUAUGUAUCUAUUCCCAUCCUUCAAGGACAUCGAUGUGCCCGGUAAAGUAAAACAAUUCAUUCAAGAUUUGUACUCUGGUAAGUUGCAUCGCGAAUUCCACUACGGGCCCGAUUCAGACUCGUCGGAUGACAACCCGACGAAUCCACCAGACAGCACAUUCAAGAAACUCGCGCCCUCCAAGAACCGCUAUACACUCCUUGAUAAGGAUGAGCUAUAAGCUCAACCACUGCGCAAACAACACAACAACACAAACAUGUUUGUUGGUUUUAAAUUAAUUUCUCUUUCGCAAACAAUUCAAGCAUACACAAAUUGUGAACAAAACGAAACAAUCGUAACAAAAUUUUUUUGGGGGAUCAUUUUCACGUCUGGUGGUUGGUAACUGUUUAAAUUCUUACUUUAUAAUCAUGUGUGUCGCGUUUCUUCUAAAGACUACGUUUUAACAAUUAAAUAAUUAAUAUAAUAGUCAAUAUUAUGCUGUACAAACAAACAACACUUGAUUUUAUUGUCGCAGUGUCUUCAAGGUAUGAUUAAGUCAUUAAAUAUUUGUAAGUAAAGCGUGCGUAGAGAUAA